GUGUUGAGGGUUUGUUUGUACAUCCUUCCGACUCACAGUGGGCCAGUGAGAAUUAUACGCUGGAAAGUUACUCUCCUUAAGUAGAAAUUGCUGGUUUUGAACCAUAUCUCCUGGGAUAGCCACUGAGGUAGUACACUCAUGGUAUAUCCCUGCCGCCUUCAGCUUUCCCCUCUACGGAUAUAGGGAUAUAGCAAUCAUCUUACCCUGCAGCUUUUUUUUUUUUUUUUAACUAAAGAACCAUAAUUGUUAACUUUGUUAAACUCAGCAUGUGCUGUAAAAAUGUGUUUGUAAAAAGGUCAAAUCAAUCUCUGUUGUGAACAUGGUGGUAUAAUAUGAAUACUUAAAUUUAAUCUAAGAUCCUUUUUGAGAUCUACUUAGAAUGUGUAGAGAAAAGGUUAUGGUCGUUUCAGUCACUGAGAGAAGUGAAAUUCAGGGCACAGAAUGUGGAUAUCCCUCUGAGAAAUCUGUGUUUUAAAUCAUUUCAAUUCUAGGUAGAAGACUUAUAACUAUGAAAUGGUUUUGCAAACAGCAACUUAACAUAGUUAACAAUUUAAGAUGGACUUGUAAGAAGAAACUUUUUAUUCUAUUAUGCUAGGGAGAAAAGUUUUUUGUAUUUAUUUGUAAAACUACACAAGAGAGUUCAUUCUUACCUUUAUACUACUUCUAUACCUUGUGUACAUCUAUCAUUGGAUAUAGAUGUAUAUAGUGAAAGCAUACAAAUACCUGUAUUUGUCUGCAAGUAUGACUCUGCUAUUAGGCUUUAAUUUCUUUAAGUCCAGGGAUUGUGCCUUCUUGUCUUUGAGUCUUCAGAGUUUAGCACAAUGCUAGGAAGAAAGUGUUCAAUAAAUAUUUGAACUGAACUAAUAGUUGCUUAUUUAGAUCAUACCUGGCUCUUUGGGGUUUGAUGAAAAUGCACUAUUUUUGUUUUUGAAUGAUGCUUGGAUUUUAUGUAGCACAUAUCUUAAUCCAAACAAUCCAGAAUUGUCUCCUUUUCCUAAAAGCAGCAGUCCCAGGAACAAAUCUGAAAAUCCAAUGGUGCAGCUCUUCUAUGGUACUUUCCUGACUGAAGGGGUUCGUGAAGGAAAACCCUUUUGUAACAAUGAGACCUUCGGCCAGUAUCCUCUUCAGGUAAACGGUUAUCGCAACUUAGACGAGUGUUUGGAAGGGGCCAUGGUGGAGGGUGAUGUUGAGCUUCUUCCCUCUGAUCACUUGGUGAAGUAUGGACAAGAGCCUACCUGUACCUGAGUAGGGAGAACCCACUGCCUCCAUAUUUUCGGAGGGUAAAAGUACAGUGAUUAACUCCUAUGCGUUGGUUUACAAAGCUACCUCCAGUGUUGACCUUUGAACUCUCAAGAUUUGAGUUUAAUCAGUCCCUUGGUCAGCCAGAGAAAAUUCACAAUAAGCUGGAAUUUCCUCAGAUUAUUUAUAUGGACAGGUACAUGUACAGGAGCAAAGAGCUUAUUCGGAAUAAGAGAGAGUGCAUUCGAAAGUUGAAGGAGGAAAUAAAUGUUCUGCAGCAAAAAUUGGAAAGGUAUGUGAAAUAUGGCUCAGGCCCAGCUCGGUUCCCGCUCCCUGACAUGCUGAAAUACGUUAUUGAAUUUGCUAGUACAAAACCUGCCUCAGAAAGCUGUCCACCUGAAAGUGACACACAUAUGACAUUACCACUUUCUUCAGUGCACUGCUCGGUUCCUGACCAGACAUCAAAGGAAAGUACGAGUACAGAAAGCUCUUCUCAGGAUGUUGAAAGUACCUUUUCUUCUGAAGAUUCUCAACACAAGUCUAAACCACUUACAUCUUCUCGGUCUUCCAUGGAAAUGCCUGCACAGCCAGCUCCAAGAACAGUCACAGAUGAGGAGAUAAACUUUGUUAAGACUUGUCUUCAGAGGUGGAGGAGUGAGAUUGAACAAGAUAUACAAGAUUUAAAGAAUUGUAUUGCAAGUACUACUCAGACUGUUGAGCAGAUGUACUGUGAUCCUCUCCUUCGUCAGGUGCCUUAUCGCUUGCAUGCAGUUCUUGUUCAUGAAGGACAAGCAAAUGCUGGACACUAUUGGGCCUAUAUCUAUAAUCAACCCCGUCAGAGCUGGCUCAAGUACAAUGACAUCUCUGUUACCGAAUCUUCCUGGGAAGAAGUUGAAAGAGAUUCCUAUGGGGGCCUGAGAAAUGUUAGUGCAUACUGUCUGAUGUACAUUAAUGACAAACUACCCCACUUCAAUGCAGAGGCAGCCCCAAAUGAGUCAGAUCAAAUGUCAGAAGUGGAAGCCUUAUCUGUGGAACUUAAGCAUUACAUUCAGGAGGAUAACUGGCGAUUUGAGCAAGAAGUAGAGGAGUGGGAAGAAGAGCAAUCUUGCAAAAUCCCUCAAAUGGAGUCCUCCACCAACUCCUCAUCACAGGACUUCUCUACAUCACAAGAGCCUUCAGUAGCCUCUUCUCAUGGGGUUCGCUGCUUGUCAUCCGAGCAUGCUGUGAUUGUAAAGGAGCAGACUGCCCAGGCUAUUGCAAACACAGCCCGUGCCUAUGAGAAGAGCGGUGUAGAAGCAGCACUGAGUGAGCUUAAAGAAGCUGAACCCAAGAAGCCCAUGCCCCAGGAAACAAACUUUGCAGAGCAGUCAGAGCAGCCUCAAAAGGCUAAUGAUGCAGAGUCUACUGCCCAGCCUAAUUCUGAGGUCUCUGAAGUCGAGAUUCCCAGUGUGGGAAGGAUUCUGGUUAGAUCUGGUGCAGAUGGAUAUGAUGAGGAGGUGAUGCUGAGCCCUGCCAUGCAAGGGGUCAUCCUGGCCAUAGCUAAAGCCCGUCAGACCUUUGACCGAGAUGGGUCUGAAGCAGGGCUGAUUAAGGCAUUCCAUGAGGAAUACUCCAGGCUCUAUCAGCUUGCCAAAGAGACCCCCACCUCUCACAGUGAUCCUCGACUUCAACAUGUCCUUGUCUACUUCUUCCAAAAUGAAGCACCCAAAAGGGUAGUAGAACGAACUCUUCUGGAACAGUUUGCAGAUAAAAAUCUUAGCUAUGAUGAAAGAUCAAUCAGCAUUAUGAAGGUGGCUCAAGCGAAACUGAAGGAAAUUGGUCCAGAUGACAUGAAUAUGGAAGAGUACAAGAAGUGGCAUGAAGAUUAUAGUUUGUUCCGAAAAGUAUCUGUGUACCUCCUAACAGGCCUAGAACUCUAUCAAAAAGGAAAGUACCAAGAGGCACUUUCCUACCUGGUAUAUGCCUACCAGAGCAAUGCUGCCCUGCUGAUGAAGGGGCCUCGCCGGGGGGUCAAGGAGUCCGUGAUUGCUUUAUACCGAAGGAAAUGCCUUCUGGAGCUGAAUGCCAAAGCAGCUUCUCUCUUUGAAACAAAUGAUGAUCACUCUGUAACCGAGGGCAUUAAUGUGAUGAAUGAGCUGAUCAUCCCCUGCAUUCACCUUAUCAUUAAUAAUGACAUCUCCAAGGAUGACCUGGAUGCCAUUGAAGUCAUGAGAAACCAUUGGUGCUCUUACCUUGGGCAAGAUAUUGCAGAAAAUCUGCAGCUGUGCCUAGGGGAGUUUCUACCCAGACUUCUAGAUCCUUCUGCAGAAAUCAUUGUCUUGAAGGAGCCUCCAACUAUUCGACCCAAUUCUCCUUAUGACCUAUGUAGCCGAUUUGCAGCUGUCAUGGAGUCAAUUCAAGGAGUUUCAACUGUGACAGUGAAAUAAGCUCCCACGUGUUCAAGGCCCAUUCUGGUUUCUGGCUGCCUGCCCCUUGCACAGAAGUCCGUUGUACAGUGCUCACCUUGGGAAAAGGAUUAGGUGGGCACAUAAGAUUCCAAUUCAGACCCCAACCAUGCUGGGUGUGUAAAGAAGGAUUGAAAAUAAAAUUGCACUUUUUAGGUACAAAAUCAUAAAAGCUAUUUCACUAGAAAAGGUGGAAACCAGUGUAUUAAGGUGUUGAAUUAUGCCAGAAGACCUGAAAUGCCUUGUACCUAGAACAAUGCUUAGCCUUGCCACUUUUAAAACUAUCCUUCAGGCAUAAAUAUUUUUGACAGCAGAAUAGAAUGAUUCAUGAGAACCUGAACUAGAUGAACAGCUACUAGUUAUUUUAUCAAAUACAGAUGACUUUUGAAAAUUCUUCACUACAAGAGAUUAGAAAUACAAACCUUGCCUGGCUCUUGACAGGAGAUGACAGAUGGGUUGUUGAUGGACCCUUUUACAUGUGGGUAGAAUGUAAGGUCACAUGGCAGUAAGAUGCUGAAAAGUCAAAGGAGACCUGUCUCUCUCCUUUCUUUUCUAUCUUUAAAUAAACCAGAAAACCUCAUACUCAGUCCUCAGUGAAAGAAACGAAACCAUUAAGGACUUCAGACAGAAUAGCAUUUUGUAACUUGACUAAAGAUCAUGCGUUAAUAGUUGUUAGGCAUUUAGGUAAAAUUUUCUAAUAUCUGAAAAUUGUCAGAAAUGGUCUAAGGCUACUACUGGCUCCAAAGACCAUUUUGGUCUGCCUCCUUUUUGUUUUUUUUUUUUUUCCCUCCCCCAAGAUAGUCUCACUGUGUUGCCUAGGCUGGAGUACAGUGGCACCAUCUCAGCUCACUGCAAACUCUGCCUCCUGGGCUCAAGUGAUUCUGGUGACAUAGCCUCCCAAGUACCUGGGAUUACAGGCAUGUGCCACAACUGGCUAAUUUUUGUAUUUUUAGUAGAGACGGGGUUUCACCAUGUUGGCCAGAUUGAUCUCGAACUCCUGGCCUCAAGUGAUCUGCCUGCCUCAGCCUCCCAAAGUGGUGGGAUUACAGGCAAGCCACCACACCCAGCCUUCUUUUUUGCCCUUAAAAGUAAUUUGUAAGAAAAAAAGAAAAAAUAUAAAGCGAAAGAAAGAAAGCACCAUACAUCCGUAAAACUAUAUAUAUGUAUAUGUAGAGAAAAAUAUUUCCUGUUGAUCAUUUUUAAAAGGCUUCUGAUUGGAUAUUGUAUUUUAACCAAAUUUUUAAAGAGUAAUCGAGGAAUCAUGAAAGGGAAGAACACUUGAUACAACUAUGCAGAUUUUAUAAAUGUGCAAUAAAAGUAUUUGUUUUAC